AUGUCAUAUGUCACUACAGCUCAGCAACGAAGAAGGCCACAAAGGCGAAGAAGGAGGGAAGAACCACAAGAAGAAGAGAAACAUCAAGAAAGGGAGCAGCAACAUGAAGAGGAAAAAAUUCCAACACAAGCCACUAUGGACAUGAGCCGAAUUCAAGAGGCCAUUAAUGGCCUAUCUAGAAAAUACCUGGAAAGUCAAGAGCAACAGAGAAGCCUUCAAAUGCAGAUGAUGGAACAACAGAGUGGGUUUCAAACCCAAAUGAUGGAUUACCAAAGGGAGUUGCAUAUGCAACUAAUGAAGCAGCAAGAGCAACAUAAACAACUUGGUGAAUCCAUCUGCAUGAUAAAUCAAAGGCAAAAUCAACAGGAAGAAGCCACCCACAAACUGUUCCAUAAUCAAGAGCAUCAAGAGAAACAAAUUCAAGAAUUGGGUAGGCGGCAAAAGGCAUGCCUCCAAGCAUUUGAAAAGAUGAGGGUAUUCCAAAAAGGAUGUUAUUUCAACAGAGCAGGGUAUGACAUAAAUACCCAAAGUAAGCUCAAUUACCUGAUUGGAUAUCUACCUCUGCUGAACUCAGAAAUCAAGAGAUACGAAGAUGUUCAUGAUGAAAUAACCUCUCUAGAAAUAGAAAGAGCAAGGUGGAAAGAAGCAGAGGAAUGGCAAGGAAGAGGCAAGGGAAGCAACAUUGGUGGCCAAAGUUGGCUCACCAACGUUGCCUCAAACUUUGAGGAAAAGGGCCAAGCAAUAUUGGUGGCCAAAGUUGGCUCACCAACGUUGCUAGGCAACGUUCUAAAUGGGCUAAAAGUGCAACGUUGGUUGCCAAAGUUGGCUCAUCAACGUUUCUGGCAACGUUCUUACAAAAAGGGGUGCAAUAUUGGAGGGAAUGUUGGCUCACCAACGUUACCUCCAACGUCUUUGAUGAGACUCAAAGUUGGAGCUGAGAAAAUUGCCUUGUGUGCGUACGUGGUGCGGUAUUUGUAA